AUGAUGCUCCGGUCCGCCCUCAUUGCCGCAGUCGGCGCUCUUUCUUGCGGCCUCGCUUCGGCCCUCGAGACUUUUGAGCGAAACCUCAUCUUUCAGCCGCCCGAUAACUACACGGACCCCCGCGUUCUGUACCCACGUACCGUCCAGCUUGACGACGGCCGCCUUCUGGGCACUUGGGAGAACUACUCCCCUGAACCCCCCCUGGUCUGGUUCCCUAUCUACGAAUCUAUCGACGGUGGCCUCACCUGGGAGGAAGUUGGCCAGGCCCACGAUCAGGUUAACAACUGGGGGUUGCGCUACCAGCCCUUCCUAUACGAGCUUCGUCAAGACUUUGCUGGCUACCCUGCAGGAACUAUCCUCUUGGCCGGUAACAGUAUCCCCACCGACCUCAGCGAGACCCAAAUCGACUUGUAUGCCUCUCAGGACAAAGGCCGCACCUGGGAGUUUCUCUCCCACGUCGCACGCGGCGGCCGUGCCAUCCCUAACAACGAGGAGACUCCCGUAUGGGAGCCUUUCAUCCUUAUCUUUGAGGACGAUCUAAUCUUGUACUAUGCCGACCAACGCUCGUCUGAGCACGGGCAGGAAAUUUCCCACCAGACAACUAAGGACCUCAAGAACUGGUCUGAAGUCGUCGUCGACGUCUCCUACCCCAGAUACACCGAUCGUCCCGGUAUGCCCUUUGUCACUCAGCUGGCCAACGGCGACUACAUGUAUACUUUCGAGUGGGGUGGUGCCGACAUCAUUACUCCGUACUCAUUCCCCAUUUACUACCGCAUCGCCAAGGACCCUCGCAAGUUCGCCGACGCCCCUGACUACUACAUCAACAGCACUAACGGCGGUGUCUUUCCAAUCAACAGCCCCAACGUUGUCUGGUCUCCUGUGGGCGGCUGCAAUGGUACUAUUGUCGUUAGCAGCAAUAGUGCUCCUCUCUUCGUCAACCGUCGUGGCGGUGACCCUACUGCUUGGGUGGCCUACGAUUCUCCCGAGGCCAGCGCCUACACGCGCAACUUGCGGAUCAUGGAGGAGGACCCCGACUAUCUACUGAUUAUGGGUGCCGGUGUCUUGCCUCCUAGCACCACCAACAAGGUUACCGUCAGCAUGCUUAAACUUACGGAGCUGCUGGGCCUCAAGCAGGCAUAA